UAUCAGCGAUUAAUGUUACGAAUAUCCUGCCUUCUUCCAUGUAGACUUCGUCCUAUUUUCUUACAUCCCGCAGGGCCAACUACAAUAUUCUUUUGGGCACCUACGAUUAAAUGGGGUUUGGUGUUAGCAGGACUAGGAGAUACUAAUCGAUCACCAGAUACAAUUUCUUUGUACCAAGCUGCAAGUCUCAUGAUUACUGGUGCAAUAUGGUCUAGAUAUUCGCUGGUCGUCACACCAAAAAACUACAAUCUAUUUAGCGUGAAUGCGUUUAUGAGCCUUACGGAAGCAUAUAAUUUUAUACGAGGACUACUUUACCAAAUGGAUAAGGAUUUAAAAUAA